CAAACCACCCUCCAAUACUUUUGACCAUGAUAUCACAACCUCAUUAAAAAUGCUGUACGAGCUGAUAGCUGUUGUCCGGCCGGGCAACCUCAAUCAUGUCAAAGAGAUCGCCCGCGUCGCCGGCCAACAAAUUCUGGCAUCUAACGGUGUGAUACGCGGCAUGAAGAACUGGGGGCAGUUCGACCUCCCCCGACCAACCACGAAACAUCAAACUCAACACCAUCAGGGCCACUACUUCGUGAUGCAGUUCGAUGCAUCAGUCAAGGCGCAGCAGGACGUGCGACGGUUUUUGAGUCUCGAUCCACGUAUGCUCAGAUUCAGCGUCAUCAAGAUUGGCGAUAAAUUGGGCGGCAUCAACGGAGCCGUUGAAGAGGUGGAUGGAGAAAUACCUUGGAACUCCGGCACGCAAGUAAGGAACCCUUUUGCGGACCCUAGGACAACGAGGACCGGGCCUUUGAGAUAGCCAGAAAAAGCGAAAGCCUCGCCACGAAGAGGCAAGGUGAAGUGCAGGGACAAACGAACCACGGCGAGAGAGGCAUGUCCACAUAUCAUUUCUAUCAACACCCAACACCGGAGUAAUAGACGCUACAAAAUGGUGGUAUCAUCAAUAUGUUUGUUCAUCAAAAAAGGCUCCACCGCCCUCUCUCCUUGGCCUGGGACGCUUUCACCUGCUGCGUCUUCGUCCGACCCUCCAACUGCCUCAGACUCUCGAUCUUCUCCAACACCAACUCUAGCAUCUCCUUCCGCUUGAUGACGUCGAGAUGCCUUCUGAUCUUAGGGUCUUCUCUUGCAAAUUGCUCGAUUUCAUUCGGCUCCAGAUGUCGGCCAAGCCUCAGGUCCAACUCGCGAGGGAAAUUGUAGUAGAAUUCGGAGAGGAGUUCGACGUUGAGGAAGAGCACCGCCGUCGAGGUCAGUUUGUCGGCGACGACGUCUAGGAACACCUCGGGGCAGUUGUAUUUAUUCUUGAGGUUGGCGCAUUGCUUGGAUUUGACCGCCAUCAGACGCAUCUUGAGGAUAUCGGCACGGUCGCGAAGGAAAACGGCUUCCCGACCUUUGUAUCAUAGUUAGCUUGACAUGCCCACGCUUGGUGGAAAAAUAGACAUACCUUUUUGCAGCAGAGCUGCAGAAAAGCCACCAGCUCCGCCGGUCCCA